UAUAUUCACAAUUUGUAGGUAGUACAAGAACUGAAAAAUAAUUUUUGGUUGCCAGUAUACCUGUAGUCGUUGCACUGAUCAGUCGAUAGUUUUGUGAUAAAUUAUUUCUCAAGUGAAUUAAAUUAUUAACCAUGGGACGUGAUUCUAGAAAGGUUUCAAGAGAACUUCGGAGUUCUGAAAAAAUUAAUAAGUCGCGUUCAGUCAAAAGAAAGAAUGUUUUUAAUCCGAAAACAGCCGAACGUGAUGAAAGUAUUCAGAGUACAUCUUCUAAAAAAUUAAAACAAAACACUGAAGAUGAUGUACCUGAAGACAGCAGUACUGAAUUUCGAAUAAUAAAUUUUAUUCAGGUAUUCACUGCAAUUUCUGCUCUUAUAAAAUGUAAAAAAUGUGAUGGAAAUGUAGUGUUUCAAACAGCAAGUACACGUGGGCUGGGAUUCAAAAUUGUAGUUGCAUGUAAUAACUGUGGAAAUGAAUAUAUUCCUUCCUGUUCUUUCGUUGGGCAUUCUUAUGAAAUAAACAGACGUUUCAUUUUUGUAAUGAGAAUACUAGGAAUAGGAUACGAAGGAUUGUGCAAGUUUUGCGGCCUGAUGGACAUGCCGUCUUUUUUAGAUAAAUCUACGCAUACAAUUUUACUGAAACAGAUUUUGAAUUGUAGUAAAGCCGUCGCAGAAACCUUCAUGACGAAAGCUGUGAAUGAAGAAAAGCAAGCAAUGCCAACAACUGAAAAUGAAGAUAUAAAUCAUCUAACUGUAUCGGGAGAUGGAACCUGGCAAAAACGGGGAUAUACAUCGUCAUUUGGAGUUUCUUCUAUAAUUGGCUAUUUUACUGGAAAGAUUCUUGACAUAAACAUUAAAAGUGCAUAUUGUAAGCUAUGUGAGUAUUGGAAAAAAAAAACAAAUACUGUUGAGUUCGAGGAAUGGUAUCAAUCGCAUGAAGAUGUGUGUUCUGCUAAUCAUCAAGGGUCUUCUGGGAAAAUGGAGGUGGAUGCGAUGGUCGAAAUGUUUUCGUAUUCUGAAACUAAAUAUGGAGUUAAGUAUGCCAACUAUAUUGGUGAUGGUGACUCCAAGACCUAUUCAGGAAUUAUAAAAUCAGAUCCUUACGAAAAUACAACUGUAAAUAAAAAGGAAUGUAUAGGGCAUGUCCAAAAGCGGAUGGGGAGUCGAUUACGUACGCUGAAGAGUAAACAAAAAGGUCUUGGUGGUCGAGGUAAGCUCACAGGAAAAUUAAUAGACAAACUAACUGUGUACUAUGGUUUAGCAAUACGCCGGCAUUGUGAUUCUAUUGAAAAUAUGAAAUCUGCUAUAAUGGCAACCUUUUAUCACUACGGCUCGAGUGAUGAAAAACCGAAUCAUGAUAUGUGUCCAAAAGGCGAAGAAUCUUGGUGCUCUUACCAGCGCGCUGAAGCAAGAGGAGAGCUUGAUACCUUUUCUCACGAUUAUUCUCCUUUACCUUCUGAUGUUUUAAAAGCUAUCAAGCCUAUAUACGAAGAUCUUAGUAAUGAAAAUUUACUUUCAAGAUGUGUAGGUGGAUUCAAUCAGAAUAAUAAUGAAAGCUUUAACCAACUAGUAUGGAAAAUAUGCCCAAAAACGGUAAAUACUAGUUUUACCAUCGUACAAAUAGCUGCAUACGUUGCUAUGUGUAUAUUUAAUGAGGGUAUAAAUUCAUUAUUAGUCUUGAUGAAUACACUAGGACUUAAUUGUGGGCCUAAUUCUCAUCGGUAUGCAGAAAGAAUGGAUGCUGCACGUAUCAAAGUAGCAGAUAAGCGCGCUAAUGAUAACACCCGAGAAGGUCGAUUGCAACGUAGGCACCAGCAAAUCGAUAUUUUGGAAGCUGCUAUGUCGGCUGAAGAGCUAUUAUAUGGUCCAGGAAUAGAUGACUCAGUAUGAAUCUCCAAGGACUUAUGAUGAUCACCGCAAAGGACUUCGGGAGGAACGGGCUCUACAAAAACAGCGAUAACUUUUUGAAUUAUUAAUUUUUUUUUUUGAAAUUUUCGUGAAGUCAAAUCGAAACGUGUUCUAAUAAAGCUAUGUUUUUAUUUUUGUCAAAUAAAGUAAUUAACUACAAAAAAAAAAUUAUUGAAAAUCAUCAU